UCUCUCUUCCUCUCUCUCUCUCUCUCUCUCAGAAAAGGAGGUCAGAGGAGCUUGCCAGCUUGGUGUUUCGAUAAUGAGGUGUUGUUUCAGCGUUCGAAUCAAAGCCGAGAGUCCUCUUCAAUCUGGGCUGGACUCAAAAUAUGUCAGCAAAGACGAAGACAAUACGAGUUGCAAGAUUUCAUCUGUGCCACUGACCCCUCGGAGUGAGGGUGAAAUUCUGGAAGCGUCAAAUUUGAAGAGCUUUAGCUUCAAUGAACUCAACAUAGCCACCAGGUGCUUCCGUCCAGAUAGUGUGUUAGGAGAAGGUGGUUUCGGGUGUGUCUUUAAGGGAUGGAUUGAUGAGCAAACAUUAAAAGCUGCCAAGCCUGGUACUGGCAUAGUUAUUGCGGUGAAGAGAUUAAACCAAGAAGGUUUCCAAGGUCACAAGGAAUGGUUGGCAGAAAUCAAUUAUCUGGGGCAGUUAUAUCAUCCUAAUCUUGUGAAUUUGGUUGGGUACUGCUUAGAGGAUGAGCACCGACUUCUGGUAUACGAGUUCAUGCCCCGGGGCAGCUUGGAAAAUCAUCUGUUCAGAAGAGGUUCUCACUUCCAACCGCUCUCUUGGAAUCUCCGUAUGAAGAUUGCUCUUGGUGCUGCAAAGGGUCUUGCAUAUCUUCACAGUCCCAAAGCUAAAGUGAUAUAUCGGGAUUUCAAAUCCUCCAAUAUUUUGAUUGAUUCUAACUACAAUGCAAAGCUUUCGGAUUUUGGGUUGGCCAGGGAUGGACCAAGAGAUGGUCAUAGCCAUGUAUCGACAAGGGUUAUGGGUACAUAUGGCUACGCAGCUCCUGAGUAUGUGGUCACAGGUCAUCUAACUACCAAAAGCGACGUAUAUAGUUUUGGAGUUGUUCUUCUAGAAAUAUUGUCUGGCCGACGAGUAUUGGACAAGAAUCGUCCACCUGGGGAACAAGACCUCAUCGAAUGGGCUAAGCGUUUCCUGGUCAGGAAACACAGAAUCGUCUAUGUUAUGGAUUCCCGUAUCGAAGGCCAAUAUUCCUUGGGUGCAGCACUUAAAGCAGCUACCCUUGCAAUCAAUUGCAUUUGCAUAGAACCCAGGUUCAGGCCGAACAUGGAUGAGGUGGUAAAACAAUUGGAGCAGCUUCAGAACUCGAAAGACACAGGGAGCACUAAAAGUGAGGUACUCCAUAGGCAUCGUAAGAAGCGUACCGAGGAAGCUUUUAAUAAUAGAAAGGCUGCUUCCUGUCCACAGCCAUCUGCCUGAACCAGUUGAGCUUGGAGAAGCCAAGGAUUUUUGAUAUGAUUACAGUUUGUAUUUAUCAUUUCAGAAGAGAGGAAACUGUCUGGAGAAAUUGUAUCAGAAGCUGGAGUUGUAUUACACCAUUACUUUGUCUGUACAGUUGUUAUAUAUCUUGGGUGAUUUUUUAAUACAUAUAAUUCUUUUGACCC